CAUAUUCACUGUUGGUUGUCCAGCUAUUUCACUCGCAUCGACAACCCUCGAGAACACAACAAUAUGGGUCAGCCGUGGGUAACAUUUCUUACACUCCUCGCCGUGCCAUCCUUGCUUUCGGCUGCAGAACUCUGCAACACGGUAGUCGCACUACCACAGAGCAAGUACAGUGGCACAUUUACGUGGCAAGUUACACGACCGACGGGAACGUCAAGCUCGUCCCAUGGAGGAGGAACUAUCGACUGGAAUCAGCUUGGAACAGAUGCUGUCAACGGCGUAGGAUUUAAACGGCGCGACCAUGAUGAGUUCAAAUGCCAGUCGAACCAAGUUUGUCUCAACAACGAUUUGAACAAUGUUCCAUUCUGCAUCGACAAGCGUACCGGCGGGUGGUAUGGCGCAACGGGAUACGAGGGCAAUGUCGUGAGCGGGGAAUAUUCGACCCCGAGUGGUGCGAAAGGCAACAUCUACCAGGGACCAUGCCCAGGCGAUCUUUACGUUCAAGCGUCCAAGGGAUGUUCUCUGUCAUCGUCCGGAUCAUCCAUAUCCAGCGCUCCGACGUCCGGAUCGUCUACCUCCAGCGUUUCAAGAACCCAAACGCCAACUCCUACGCCCAACUUCGCGAUCCCUGCAAAGACGAACCGCUGCCUCGGAGUCCCAUUCCUUGCGGCGUUCGCAAUUGUGGGAUGCUGCCUAGUGUAACUGCCUCACCUCAAACGUCUUGCACCUCUGAAGGUAUGCCGAACAGGCCAUCGUGGCGACAUGCCAUGAUUGGGUCAGGAGAAGUAUUCGGCGAUGGAUGUACCACAGGCGAACUGUCCUGACCAUCAGCCAUGAAACGAUCGACACGAUGG